AUGCCGUACCCCCAAAAUGGGCAGAUGUACAGUGUUCAGGACAAUGUCGGUAUGGGGCCCAGCGCGGACGAGAUGUCGAGGUUUUUCCAGGGAAACCCAUUCACCUCCAAUGUACCACCGCAAAAGGUCAAGAAAAACAAGGCCACUUUUCCGGCAAGCCUCUGUUGCUGCUGCUGUUGUGAGGAGGAUGUAUCUGGACAAGCUCCCAUACCACACAGCAACAAGUCGAUCAUUCUAAAGCCGAUCAGAAGAGAACGUAUUGUGGAGGUCAUGAGAGAGGAAGUGCAGGAACGGGUCAUCAAUGUUCCGCAGGUGCAGUAUGUUGACAAGUUCGUGGAAGUGCCCAAACCCAUCUUCAAAUACAAAAUGAAGGAAGUUAAAAGGCCGGUGAUGGUGGAAAAGAUUAAAAGGGUGCCCAAAAUAGUGGAGGAAGAAAAGAUCAUAGAGGUGCCUGAAAUCCGUUACGUUGAAAAGGAAGUCAUGGUUCCGCACAUUAUUAAGAGGGAGCGGAUCGUGGAAGUACCACUCCCGGUUGUCAGGGAGAGGCGCAUCCCAGUUUUGAAAUUGCGCAAAAACGAGACCUACCAAGAGGUCGACAAUGUCAACUACAACGAAUUCGGUACAGCCAUCACAUCAGUCAGGGAGGGCGCAGAAGCUCCUAACAACACCCCCAUCAAACGGAAGACUGAAAGUGGAAGUAACGACGAUAAAUUGGUUGUCGAGUCGAAAUUUUACAAGGAGACCGAACGAUCCCACAUAACCAAACAGGUUGAGGAGGUAGUCAGGACCACCAAACCCUCUAUUGCCGAGAAACCAGACUCGCCGAGGCAUCACAGCCCAAGGCAGAUGCAAGAUCUAGCUCAAACCCAACAGACCAAAGAGGUCAAAAGGUGGUUGCAGAAUAUGAAUGAGGUGAAACAGACGGCAGGCAGCAGUGAAAGGGGAAGCAAGCAACUGAAUCCAGGUGUCAACGCCGGUUCAGUAGGACUGCAGGAAAUCCCUUUUGAGCAGCUGCAACUGAUGGAAAACAAUGGCGACAUCAAACAUAGCAUCACCGUAACGGAAAUUGUAUCAGGUCGUGAAACCCAUCGGCACACGAAGAAGGCGCACGACACUUAUGUCCAUGACAUAGUCAUUGAAAAUAUAGGUGGAGGCGAUAUCCCUGGUGAUUACCACAUGCAUGAAGAACAGCAGGACGAUACCGUUAGCAUAUACCCGAACAUUGACGCCCUAUCCAUCACAUCUAAUUCUAGCGAUGCGCACCGACACAAACAACAGGUAAAUUACACAGGGCAAUUGCGAACUCAAAUUCUUACAGAACAACGCGUAGCAAACGGCACAAGCAAAAGAAGUGAUAACGUCUGUCAAAAUUAUCUAAUGGUCUGCGGUGAGCGUUCCAUCUCCUUCGCACAGCCGUUACCCACCCAAGAUGUCGUAAAGCGCCUGUUCAACUGGUGA